CUUGACCACACUGUGAUAACACGCCGGAGGGAUUUUCUGGGAUUUGGAACGGUCCACAUUCCUGCAGCCUGUUCACACGGCGUUCUGUAGACACUACAAGCCGAGGAGCGCACCGCAAAUGACCACACCACCUCUCCAGGUACCACAGGUUAGCUGUGUAGAGAGGGAGGCCCGUAGACCGUGUGGUUCGCUGCAGAAUGGGAGCCAUGGAGGGGGAGUGUUACUUCUAUGAUUUCUACGACUUUGGCGGGGGUCUGGGCAGCAUGAUCCGGCAUGCCCCUGAGCUGGAGGAGAUCACGGUUCUCCCCGAGACGCCGGCCUCGCUGCUAAACACCACAACAACCACAAACACCAACUUUAACUUCGAGAUGAGUGAAGGGUCCGGUGUUGGUGGUCAGAGAAGCGUGCUGACGCCGGACAUGAUCCGCAUAGAAUAUCCACAGCUGCCACUGGCUGUUGAAGAUAAGUGGAAGCCUCUCUUUGACAAGGUAUGUGGUUUUAGAAUACCUGGUAGCCUAGCAUAG